AUUUCCUCCCAUGCAAACUGCCUUUUAACCAGCCAGGGUUACUUUGCUGUGCAGAGAAGACUCCUCUUGACAGCGACUGUUUGUGUGAGCUAGCAUGUAGCGAGUACUGUAGCUUUACUCGUAUUUGCAAUAUGAAGAAUGGAAGAAGACGAUGUCACUAUCAGAGAGCAGAAUUUCCACAGCCAAGUUCGGGAGUACAUUAUUUGUUUCCUCCUGUUUGCAGUCCUCUACAUUGUGUCCUACUGCAUCAUAACCAGAUACAAGAGAAAAAGUGAUGACCAUGAGGAUGAAGAUGCUGUCGUCAACAGAAUAUCAUUGUACUUGUGCACCUUCACCCUGGCAGUGUCGGGUGGCGCUGUCUUUCUACUGCCCUUCUCAAUCAUCAGUAACGAGAUCCUCCUCUCCUUUCCCAAAAACUAUUACAUUCAGUGGCUCAAUGGUUCCCUCAUACAUGGUCUGUGGAACCUGGUGUCACUGUUCUCCAACCUUUGCCUCUUCAUCCUGAUGCCAUUUGCAUAUUUCUUCUUGGAGUCUGAGGGAUUUGCAGGAUCAAAAAAGGGCAUUAAGGCACGUAUUCUGGAGACAUUUGUGAUGCUCUUCCUGCUGGCCUUGCUCAUCCUGGGCAUUGUGUGGGUGGCAUCGGCACUCAUUGACAAUGAUGCAGCCAGUAUGGAGUCACUCUAUGAUCUUUGGGAAUUCUACCUUCCAUACCUAUACUCCUGUAUAUCACUGAUGGGAGGACUGCUUUUACUAAUGUGCACCCCUGUGGGGUUGUCCAGGAUGUUCUCUAUCAUGGGACAGCUACUGGUCAAGCCAACAAUCCUGGAGGACCUGGAUGAGCAGAUUUACUGCAUCCAUUUGCAGGAGGAAGCCCUUCAGAGAAGAUUAAACGGAUCACUCACGCACACUUACACCAGAGGAAGUGUUGCUCACCAGCUCAACAAAGAAUUAGACAAUAUUAGAAAUCAAAGAAAUAAAUUGGAGAGAAGAAAGAAAGCAUCAGGUUGGGAGAAGAACUUGCUGUAUCCCAUAGUGAUGCUAAUCCUGCUCGCAGGAACGACAAUCUCAGUUCUUAUGGUGGUACUGAACAUCCUCUACCUUUUAGUGGAUGAGACUGCCAUGCCCAAAGGAUCCACAGACCGAGGCAUUGGGAACACCUCUCUGUCCACAUUUGGUGUAGCUCAGGCGGCACUGGAAAUCAUCCUCAUGAUCUACUUGAUGGUGUCUUCUGUUGUCGGCUUCUAUAGCCUGCGUGUCUUUAAGGGACUCACUCCCAGGAAGGAUGACACAACCAUGACAACGAUCAUCGGUUGCUGUGUGUCAAUUCUGGUCCUGAGUUCAGCACUGCCAGUGAUGUCCAGAACUCUCGGAAUCACCAGGUUUGAUCUUCUGGGAGACUUUGGGAGAUUUAACUGGCUGGGAAACUUUUACAUCGUCCUUUCGUACAACCUGCUGUUUGCAGUGGUGACAACUCUGUGUCUGGUGAGGAAAUUCACCUCAGCAGUACGAGAAGAGCUACUGAAGGCUUUGGGUCUGGAUAAAUUGCAACUGUCAAACAGCCCCACGGACCCUGAAUCUGGGAAGCUUUCGGCCAACGGGCAUCAGAAAACUCUGUGAAAGGGAUGACACAUCAACAUACACACAGACACACACACACACACACACACACAUAUAUAAUAUAUAAACACACACACACGCACACACACACCUUAGCAUAGCCAAAGGGAGAUUUUAACAGUACUGCCUGACUGCUGAAAGGUGAAAGGGAUUGGAAGGAACUUAAUAAACCCCAGCAGUGUCUGACGGAUGCUGCAAAUGGAGGCAGAGAGCAAUUUAGCUUCGUGACAUUCCAUCCUCUGCGUCUCAGAUGGAAGCUGGGACAGAGCCAGGGAUGCGACGGAGGGGUGAAAUAGACUGGCAUCACUGCAGUGACCUUGAUGUUGACCUCAACUGCGACUGUGACUUUAAAAACCACCCGUCUCUUGCUUCAGGAGAACCCACCCCCCUACACCCCCCUCCCCACCAUUGCUACUUGGUAUUCCAAACUCAAGCUGCACUAGACAGAAGUAAGAGGCUACAGCAGGUGAAAAAAAUGCACCUUCUGUCUUUUUUUUAUGUCUUAGAGCAAACUAAAAGGCAGUGGGUUGUUGUUGUUUUUCCUUCACAAUGCUGCUGCUCUGUAUUCAGCGUAGUAAUAUCAGUAUGUUCAUGGUUGCAUUUACAGGUUGUGGUCUCUCGACACUGUGUGGACUGAUACAGGCGCAAUAAAAGGUGUCAAUUCUUUCUUUUCCAUUUAAGCUAUAAAAUGUGAAAAAAAAACAACAAACAAGAAAAUGUGCUGAAACGUAAAAGAAGUCUUUAAUCCCCUCUCAGUCCUGUUCACAUGAUAUGCAUCGGCACCGUCGUUACUGACGGGCCUCAGAUUUUAGCACUUGUGCAGUCAUUAGUCUUUUAUUUUAUCGGGCUUUACUCAAGUGCGCUUUAAAUUUAUUGAUGAUGUCAUUAUAGUUUUUAUGAAGUAGGGUAAGAACUUUUUUUAGGUGCUCUAGAUUUGACUUGAGCUACUCUACAAAUGGCAAACUACACUACACGGGAGUUCUCCACUUCAGUGCCGUUGAAUAGAAAGCUUCAGUGCAUUUGGAGUCUGUUGGUUUUGUUUCCUAAAAAUGUGGUUGUUAUUAUAUGCACAUGAUAAGAAAAGGUCACCAUUUCCUCAUCCCUCCCACAAAAAAACAAAAAAAAAGAUCAGAUCUGUCACUUUUGUUAAAUGUCGUAUUUACGUGUACAUAAGGUGUAAUAUUGUACCUCCUUCAGGCUCCAUGGAUGUGAAUAGUGGUCUCUCAGUGAGUCCACCGAGGGUCUGACUCACUAAGCAGUCUGUAUUUUCUUUGACAUAUUUUGUUUUUAAACACCUGAUGCAAACCUGUAACAGUCUUCACAUACGCCGUGAAAAAGGUGCAGAAAGACUUGGUGACUCAGGCCCCACUUACAUGUUGUCGUAUUGCUGCAUAUAAUCUUCUUAACUGUGAUGUUCUUUGUCUCCAGAACCACCUUAAAUGCCUUAUAUGACAAGCAUCUCACAGGCUUAAAAGUUAAGGUUGUUUCCUGUUCUGUGUGUGUCGUCUGUUUAUCUACAUAUGCACACGUGCAUAUGUCUCGACAGACAGUUCCACUGUGACCUGCUGUACACCAUCGAGAAUCUAGUCUAAAGCCAGCUGAUAUGAUGUACGUGAUGUUUGCCAUGAAUGUUGUCAGAGUAGCUCUAAUCUACAUUUUGAGACUCAUUCCUUUCCCAUAAAAACUCGGAGCACUUGCUAGAAUAGGGUCGAGCCAUUAAACGACGUUGUUUUUAUGGUGUUUUACGGGCGUCGCGUGUUCUCAUGGUGAUUUAUAUGAUGUGAUAAUGACAGAAAAAAAGGAAGCAAAGACAUUUUAAUUUAUAUAUAUAUAUAUGCAUUUGAAACUAUAGUUUCUCAGGACAGGGGGAAUGUUUUACAUCAAAGCUGUCUGCCAAUGAUUGUUGCUUUAUCACUAAGACUGGAUUCAAACACAGAUUUACAAUUCUGAAGCCAUCUUCCCACAUGAGCAAAUCAGACCUGACGUUGUUUUGUUAACGGACGAUCUAUUCAUUUAACAGAGUCCAGGUUCUACAAUAUUCUCCACUAUUUCAUGUCCUCAGAUAUUUUUAAUGAUAGGAUGGCACCGAGUAUUGGAAAGAAGGCACAAGUCAUGCGGUGAAGUAAAAGGGAUGAUAAUGUACACUGGUAAGAGGAUUUUAAUGAGAAAUAAAAGAUUUUAUUAUUGGAUCAGAAUGAAGUAUUUACACAUAAAGAGGCUAAAUGUAGAUUUUUCCAUCAUAGUUGUGCUUCCAUCUAAUGAACAGACGAGUAACACUGGACUCUGCAGUACGUGACAGGGAAGCAACUCAAUCAUUCAUACUCCUCGCCAGUAGCUUCUGACCUGAGAGCCGGGUCUCUUUUUUUAUUAAAGCAAGCUUUUCUGUCGUCUUUACAGUACAACUGUGUUCUCUGGAGGUUUUUAACGUCGCGAGAGAUGGUCUGUACUGUAUGUGAUGCAGCUUUUAUUUCCGUCUGUAUGUCAAGUCUCUGCAUGUAAUAUUUGGUAAAAUGUCUUGUGAAUGUAUUUUUUUUUUUUAAUAAAAAUUUCUCAUUUUGUUAAAUUUA